AUGGCAACUAGUUCAUUAAAUGAUUAUUACAAUUCGCAUACAAGUCUUGAAAAAAUCAAUCCGUUAAUACGUUCAGCAUAUAACACAUCAUCUGAUUUCGCUGAGUAUAAAGAAAAACUACUUGCUAAAGUCGAUACUGGAAUUCCAAAUGAAAAUACAGCAUUUCUUGAUUCACUCGGAGAACUUCGUCGUGAACAACGCGCGAAAUUAGUUCAAAUUGAACGUGAUUACUACAAUUUAAAGGACACACGAUCCUUCGAUGUUCCAUUCUAUCCUCAUGAGGUCGAACAAAAAUAUGAACCAAUUGUCACAUCCAAGCCACCCUUACCUACCGCAUCUCGACGUUCUCCUUCACCUGUAUUGGUAACACAAGAACAAACGCAUCACAUUUAUCAUCGUCCUAUAUCGACGAAUGUAACUCGACGACAUAGUACUGACGAGAAUUUAGUUUUAAGUCCGCAUCGAACAUCUGCCGACGAUACAAUGACAAGUGAUCGAGAUGUGGCAACAACUGACGUACAAAGACACAUACAUCAUCUAUGGAACGAAUUUGAAUUGGAAGAUUAUCUUGAAGAGAAGAAAGCUCGUCGUCGACCGAGUUUACCUUUAAAUGACAAUUGGGCAGGUCGUGUCACUGUACCACAACCAUUCGAUUUAACCAAUAGUGUAUCCGUGGACAAUGUUCAUCGAAGAAAAUGCAUGCAUGAAAUAGAAGCGGCAAAAAUACAAAAGGAAGUCGACGACGAGCUUAUGUUGAAUCGUUCAUUCAAAGCCACUCCUGUUCCGGCUCAUGUUCGCAUGCCUUUAUAUGAACAAUUGCAAGAAGAACAACGUAUGCGGCGUGAACAAGUCCGACAUAUGACAAAAGAAUAUUUAAAUUCAAUUUCAAAACCAUUCGGAUUUGAAUCACGUGACCGAGCAAGAACAGCCUAUCGACGACAUUCAUUUUCCGAUGGGGACACGCCUCGACGUCAACCACAAUUCAGAGCUAAGCCAAUACCUGACUUUUACUAUCGAACCAGCAAAGAUAUCGAACAAAUGAAGGAAAAUUCUCUCUAUCGUUCAAUAAAGAAACAAGUUCGAGCGAAUGAGUUACUUCGUCAAUCACGUCUUCCGUCUAGUAUGCAACGACGCGAACAUCGUACGAAACAAACACGUCGCUGUCGAAGUGCUACUGAUCUAGCUCGUGUCGGUCUUGAAGAAUGCACGUUCAAACCCAAAACAAAUGGUUAUUAUAUACCAAAUUAUGAUAAACUACAUUCGAGAUUUUUACGUGAAACCGAAGAAGCGAAGCGUUCGCGACCACCAACAGAAUGUAAACCAUUUUUAUUGUACACAAGUAUGAUUCCGUCACGACAAGAGCGUGUACUGAGUGAUAUUCGCGCUGAAGAAGAAAUGCGAUAUUUACAAUCGUUUCAAAUCAAGGGCAAACAACUUCCCACUAGAUCAACAUCAGGAAUGAAUUUAUCAGCUAAUCUUCAACAACCGGAAGCAAUACCAGUAAAGAAAACUGAUGUACAACAGUUACGUGAAUCAAUGGGAAAGAAAAAACGACGCGAGCAUGAAGUUCGAAAUAAAUUCGAAGAAAAAUUUCAACGAGCAAGAUCAGCGAGAGAAAAACGAUUGAAAGAGGGCAUUCAUGAACGAGCGAAAUUGAAUGAUAAAUCAACGAUAUACAAAGCGAGAAAAGAAGAGAGUACUCGCAAAGUUCGACAAUCCAUUCAAGAUGUAGAAGACGAUUAUGCGAGAGAGCUGAAUAGAAUGCAUAAUCGAGUUGAUCGACGUCCGUUACAACUUGAACAACAACCGAAAACGAAAGCUACACGAGAUUUAGAACGAACGAUUCAACAUGCAAUGAGUGUAGCAAAAAUAACUGACAAAGAUCUGAUGAGAGAACGAUUUAAUCCACCAAAUGUAAAAGUGUCACAAACGCGUUCGGAUUAUUAUUCUUAA